CCCCUUGUAUUUUUGUCGACGCGCGCGGCGAUGGAAACAAAGAAGGAGAAUAAGGCAAGUUUGUCACUUUCUACCCAGCCUCUACUAUCAAAGAUGCAUGGCUACCAAGGGUCUACCUAUCAAGCCGUCAUCGAUAUCAUCAAGCGCGAAGGUGUUUUGGGCUUGUACAGUGGGCUCAGUUCCAGCCUGUUGGGAAUCGCAGUCACGAAUGGCAUCUACUAUUAUUUCUACGAACGCUCGAAGGGCAUCAUCGUCAAAUCCCGACCGGGGGGUAAAGGCCUCUCCACCGUGGAGUCGAUCAUCGCUGGCCUCAUCGCAGGAUCCGCGACAACAAUUAUCAGCAAUCCGAUCUGGGUCAUACAAACCUCUCAAGCUGUGCGCACUAUGGACUCAUCUCCCUCGUUGCCUCAGCCUACCCCUGGGCCGGGCAAAGACCAAAGGAGGUUGGGGAUGCUUGAGACCGCAGCCCAUCUACUUUCUACAGGCGGGCCUGCCGUUUUCUGGCGUGGGAUUGGUCCAGCGCUUGUUCUGGUUGCGAAUCCGGUGCUUCAAUACACCGUUUUCGAGCAACUGAAGAACCUACUCGUGCGAAGGCGCCAUGCCCGUGCAGAGAAGGGCGCCUCUGCGGGCUCAUUACUGUCAGACUGGGACUUCUUCAUAUUGGGCGCUCUCUCCAAACUCGUCGCCACGUCCACGACGUACCCAUAUAUAGUGGUCAAGUCCCGUCUGCAGGCAGGCCACGCGCACGCAGAGCGCUAUCGCUCCGCGAUAGACGGCUUACGCAUUAUUGUGCGGGAAGAAGGCAUCGAGGGUCUGUACAAAGGCGCGGGAAGCAAGCUGCUGCAGAGCGUCUUGACGGCCGCGAUCCUAUUCGCUGGCCAACGGCGUUUUUACGAAAUCACGAAGCAGGUACGUGAGAGCUGGCGCGGAGAUUGGGAUCUCGUGAAAUCUUUGCUGAUAUAA